UAUAGGUCCUCCAAAUGCUGCCAGUCCUCGUUACAAGUUCAACUUCAUAGCCGACGUGGUGGAGAAAAUCGCUCCUGCUGUGGUCCACAUCGAACUCUUCCUCAGGCAUCCUCUCUUUGGGCGGAACAUCCCUCUGUCUAGUGGAUCUGGGUUUUUGAUGUCAGAAAACGGACUGAUUGUAAGCAAUGCACACGUAGUCUCCAGCACUACACCAGUGUCCGGUCAACAGCACCUCAAGGUCCAGAUGCAAAAUGGGGAUGUAUAUGAAGCCAACAUCAAAGACAUUGACAAAAAGUCAGACAUUGCUACUAUCAAAAUCAAUUCACAGAACAAACUGCCUGUAUUGUUGCUGGGCCACAGUGCAGACCUGAGGCCCGGGGAGUUUGUCGUUGCCAUCGGCAGCCCCUUCGCCCUCCAGAACACCGUCACCACCGGCAUCGUCAGCACCGCCCAGAGAGACGGCAAAGAACUGGGCCUCAGGGACUCCGACAUGGACUACAUCCAGACGGACGCUAUUAUCAAUUACGGGAAUUCAGGAGGACCCCUUGUCAAUUUGGACGGGGAGGUGAUCGGCAUCAACACCUUGAAGGUUGCAGCAGGAAUCUCGUUUGCCAUUCCCUCCGACAGGAUCACUCGCUUCCUCAAUGAGUCUCUAGAUAAGCACAACAAAGAUGUGAGGUCAGUAAAGAAGCGGUUCAUUGGGAUCAGGAUGCUGACCAUCACACAAGCGUUAAUCGAAGAGCUAAAACUGCAGAACCCAGACUUCCCUAAUGUCACCAGUGGGAUUUAUGUCCAUGAGGUUGUUCCUCACUCACCUGCAGAGAAAGGCGGGAUCAAAGAUGGUGACAUCAUUGUGAAGCUGAAUGGCAAGCCUCUGAUGGCCACAGCUGACCUGCAGGGGGCGCUGCAGGAAGAGACGGCGCUGCUGUUGGAGGUCAGGAGGGACAAUGAUGACCUGCUCUUUAACAUCGAACCUGAUGUCAUCAUGCAGUAGACAACGAAAGCACUGCUCUCUCGCAGAGUUAGAACUACAUGUAAGGCCCUAUUUUUGCGAAUGACAUUGGAUAGUGGAAGCACUGCAACACUGCAGCUGGACUUCUGUCAAGCAAGUACAUCUUUGAAUACUGGCUGUGGACUGUACCAAAUACAAGGAUCCCAUGGACGAUAUGGUGCAAUGCUGUUUAGGUAUCAAGGAUUUACAACUGUGCCUUCCACAUGUUUAAACCAGGAUCAACGUGCAACAGGGGCACAUAUACAGGAAUUCAUUAACCGUAUCCCAAUUUUUUUUUUUCACUUUGAUCACCAGUAAACAAAUUUGCUUUACAAGUACCUCAAAGUAUGUUAUUAUGAGGCUAUAAUAUAUGGUGCACAUAAAAAAAAAGCAAAGUUGAUAAAUGUACUGUGGAAUUGAAACAUUUCAAUUAGAUUAUAAUGAUGAUAGGGACAUUUCUCUUAAGCAUUUCCUCGACAAAAGCAUUAUCCAAGUCCACAAAACUCAGAUGAAAUCCAACAAAGGUUUAGCCUGCACUUGACCCUUAUGUCCUGGUGUUGUCAGCACUUUUAUCCCAAGAUCCUAUUCUUAAAAGAAAACCAAAGCGUCAAUGUACUGUGUGUGCCUUGUACUACACUGCGCACCAUUUAAAAAAAUAUAUAAAAUUAGGGUUAGGGUUGGGCCUUAAAACAAGAGACAGAAUGUUCCACUGCGGGUGAUGGACAGUCUUUCCUGACCUAAACUAGUGAGUGUUACUGUAUGUCAGCUGUGUGAUUUAAGGACACCAGAGUGUUGCUGAAGGAUAUUCCUUAACGGUUUGAGUCUGUAAAACCUGCAAUGGAAGCUUACUUGCUUUCCGCAUGAAAAUGUUUCUAUUUAAAAUAAUGAAUAUAGGUCAGUCAGCUGUUUCCAAAAAAGCUGACCACCUUUUAAAGAACCUCUAGAAUAAACAGAAUGAGGUCAACAUUCAGCUAACUGAACUUCUGAUUGGCCAAUCGCAACUUUUGCUUUUUAUCAUGUGGGCAUUUGCCAAAUUACUUUUGUAUUUUUAAGCAUUGAGUUUCCAGUGUUUGUUUUGAAAUGUUAAACAUUGUCAUGUUAUAUUGGUUUAUGGUUGGCAUAUUUCUUUAUUGCUGUAUGUUGUCUUACCAUAAAAAAAUGUGAAACACGUGUGUUUAUUACAUUUACAUGAUGAUGGAAUGAAGAGCACUAAAUGUGAGCAGAUUUUUUGUCUCACUACUGCUUCUGCUCUGGUUCAUAACUGUUUGUACUUUUAUCCUAUUGACAAAAACAAAAUGUUUACAUGUAAGUUGCCAACAAAGCAAUCCUCUGAAACAGCCUUUGGAAGCAGCUUUUUACACCAAAUAAAGUUUGCACACAAUCA